CUUUGUGUAGAAUGAGCAAAGCGUGGGUUACCAUGAACUGUCUGCCAGUAGCUGAAGAGCCUCGGUGUGGCUAACCUCACUGCUAGCAGGAAGUGUAGUCUUGGUGCCUCUCCACUCAUCUCAUCAAUGCAGCUCUCAUUCUGCCUUGGAGGGGCAAGAUGGAAGCUGUACAAAAGGACCACUGGUACUUGUUGGUACUCCUUAUCUUUUUCCCGCUUCUCAAAGUUGCCGUCCAGCAGAGAGAGAGUGUUGCUACGGUGAGUCUAGAAGAAGGGAUGGUUCUGGACUGUCUGUGUCCGUGGGAGGGAAACCUCAGCAUGGUGUCCUGGACCAAGGUUCCGGAGAAGGAUCCUGUGGCAGUGUUCCACCCUGACUACGGCGUGGCCUUCUCCCACCUGUACCAAGGCAGGGUGGCCUUCAUAAGGGGCACACACCUGGACGGCAGCAUAGCCAUCAGUAACGUCAGCCAGCAGGACCUGGGCCUGUACCGCUGCUUUGUCCAGACGUUUCCUCAGGGCUCCUGGACCAGAGACAUCAUGGUGGAGCUCCAUGUCUCAGAAGAGCCUGAGCUCCUCACCACAGCAGUGACCCCCGAGGUGAUCAGGGCCGAUACGGAGAUGGUGGCCGAGAGAAGCAACAACCUGACCAUCAGUUGCAACCACGAACACAACGGGACCGUCUACCAGGUUACCGUGGAGAAGCUGGGCCGCAGCCAAUCGGGUGGCAGCACGGGCACAGGCAUCAUGGCGGUGUGCCGGGUGGUGAACGGCGGUCUGGUGGGGGAGGAGUUUAUGUCCAGGGGGAGGGUGGACUGUACGGACAGCCUGGACAUGAGUCUUCAGCUGACGGAGGUGGUGGAGGAGGACGGGGGAUUCUACCGCUGUCGUUUCUCUACGGAUGCUGGGGUCCAGACCACCACUGUGCUACUGACGGUGCCCAGCCCAGGUGAAUCGAGCCUGUCUGAGUAUGUGAUCUACAUCUAUGUGGGAAGUGGAGCGGCAGUAGUUCUACUGCCCGCUGUCACUCUACUACUAUUUGCAUUGCACAGGAAGAAAAAGAGGAGAGAGGAGUACAAAGUCAGACUACACCCAGCUCAUCGGCGGCACCCUAACACAUAUGAGAACAUAGCUUUACAUGACAAGAUGGAGAAGGGGAGGACGGCCAAGCAGCCUAGAGAAAGCCCAGUGUAUGCCAACGUGCAGACCAUACGACAGGAGAACAAGAGGAAGCGAUAGCGAGCACUAUUCUCUGGAGUAUCUAUCUGGUCUGAGGCCCGCUGUCAGAACCCAUCACUCUGCAUCUAACAAGCUGGGGUGGAUGAAUGAACCGCAGACAGAGGCCCUAAACCCUGGGACUGAAACUCUGCAGUACAAGGCUUCUUUGUACUGUGGGUAGUUGCGUUGCCAUGAGAGGCUGUUGUUUUGCCUCAGAUGAACAGUGCACAUCUAGUCCAUGUGAUGUUCCUACAGAAAAUCGCCGUAUUUUUUUGUUGCUAUGUUUAGAUGCAGCUAAUGGAAUGUAACAUGUUUAACAUAUUUACCACAAGAUAGUUUAUGUUUAUAGAGACACAGAUGGGAGAUUACAUCAGUAGUGAUUCUGAGCACAGAAGUUUGACUGAAACUCCUUUAAUCAUCCUCUCAUUUCACCCCUCCCAUUUCUACAAACCCUGAUAGUAGCUUCUAACUCAAUCAGCGUAGACAAACAAUAACCUAAUCAGGUUGCAUCGUCCCAGAAGAACAGUCCCUUUGAUGAUUCUGCUGGGAGGGACUGCUACUGUACUGGCAUGUGGAUCUGGAUGAGCCUGGUUGCUCAUCAGCAAAGGGGGACAAUUAAUUAAGACAAAUGUUUAUAUUGUCUGCAUGUCAGCCAUAGAGCAACCUUAUUUUUAUAACUAGAGGAAAACAGAAGAAAAAAAAUCUGAUCAUAACAGAGAUUGGGAAACUGGGAAUGUUUGUUCAAUGUGAGAAGAAGCACACUUUUGUGAAUGUCCUCCCUCUGUAGAGAUGGAGACAGUGGCACAGGGAAUGACUGAUGCAGCGUGUCUGGCACUCGGCUAGAAGACGGCCCGCCUGAGGAGGUGAGGCGUGGAGAGAUGGACAAUGUACAUCUGGAACACAGGGUUGUCUUUUAAUUCAUUAAGUAUACAUGGCUUCCAUGGUAUGUUGGGUGUGGAGGUGUUUCCUGUUCUUGUAUUGAUCUCACAGACUAAAUAAAGGAUCCUUCUGUCAAAUACAGUACGGUAUGUCAAAUGCAUUGGCUUGAAUUGAAAAUAAAACAAUAUGAAGGCCUUGAUAGCAUAACUUAAUUUAUUCUCUGUUUUUACUCAAAUAACAGUGUAUGUUCAUUUAAAGUGAAAACAGUAAUCUACACUCAAGGUGUGAAAAGUGCUAUGAACAGAUAUUAAGACAACAAAAUGGGGUGAUCAUUUCCACGGACGUGUACCAACAUCAAACUGACAUCUUAAGUGACAAGAACUGACAAAAAGUACAUGUUUUUUUUUCUACACGAUAGUGAAAACAAGAUGUGGUAGAGGAGAAGGAGGAGAAGAUAUAUAUUAGGAUAACACUUUACAUUAGUAUAUGUGUUACAGUGUAAUUGCCUAAGGAAGUACAAUGUAAUUGGCAAGAUGAAGACAUGUGCUGUACUUGUAUCAUACAUACAUUUAUGUUGUAUGAUACAAUUUAGACUGUAAAUAUACACUGUGAUGGUAUUGCCACAAAGCAUCACUUUGCUCGUUCAUGGGGCUGUAGUAAGACUCUCCAAUUAGGUAUUUUUGUUAAAUUUGUGAUUAUAGUGUUCCACAACUUAAUUACAUGCUAUGUACAAGCAACUCAAUUUGUUAAAUGC